AUGGCGGCCGGAGUCGCAGCCUGGCUGCCCUUCGCGCGGGCUGCGGCCAUCGGGUGGAUGCCGGUGGCCAACUGCCCCAUGCCCCUAGCCCCGGCCGACAAGAACAAGCGGCAGGAUGAACUGAUCGUCCUCAAUGUGAGCGGGCGGAGGUUCCAGACGUGGCGGACCACGCUGGAGCGCUACCCGGACACACUGCUGGGCAGCACGGAGAAGGAGUUCUUCUUCAACGAGGACACCAAGGAGUACUUCUUCGACCGGGACCCGGAAGUGUUCCGCUGCGUCCUCAACUUCUACCGCACUGGCAAGCUGCACUACCCGCGCUACGAGUGCAUCUCCGCCUACGACGACGAGCUGGCUUUCUACGGCAUUCUGCCGGAGAUCAUCGGCGACUGCUGCUACGAGGAGUACAAGGACCGCAAGAGGGAGAACGCCGAGCGGCUCAUGGACGACAACGAUUCGGAGAACAACCAGGAGUCCAUGCCCUCGCUCAGCUUCCGCCAGACCAUGUGGCGGGCCUUCGAGAACCCGCACACCAGCACGCUGGCCUUGGUCUUCUACUACGUGACCGGCUUCUUCAUCGCCGUUUCGGUCAUCACCAACGUGGUGGAGACGGUGCCGUGCGGCACGGUGCCCGGGAGCAAGGAGCUGCCGUGUGGCGAGCGCUACUCGGUGGCCUUCUUUUGCCUGGACACAGCCUGCGUCAUGAUCUUCACGGUGGAGUACCUCCUCCGGCUUUUCGCGGCGCCCAGCCGCUACCGCUUCAUCCGCAGCGUGAUGAGUAUCAUCGACGUGGUGGCCAUCAUGCCCUAUUACAUCGGCCUGGUCAUGACCAACAACGAGGACGUGUCGGGCGCCUUCGUCACACUCCGGGUCUUCCGCGUCUUCAGGAUCUUCAAGUUCUCGCGCCACUCCCAGGGCCUGCGGAUCCUGGGCUACACCCUGAAGAGCUGUGCCUCGGAGCUCGGCUUCCUCCUCUUCUCCCUCACCAUGGCCAUCAUCAUCUUUGCCACUGUGAUGUUUUACGCCGAGAAGGGCUCCUCCGCCAGCAAGUUCACAAGCAUCCCCGCCUCGUUUUGGUACACCAUCGUCACCAUGACAACACUGGGAUAUGGAGACAUGGUACCCAAGACGAUUGCAGGAAAGAUCUUCGGUUCCAUCUGCUCGCUGAGCGGUGUCCUCGUCAUUGCCCUGCCGGUCCCUGUGAUCGUUUCCAACUUCAGCCGGAUUUACCACCAGAAUCAGAGAGCGGAUAAACGCAGAGCACAGAAGAAGGCCCGCCUUGCCAGGAUCCGUGUGGCCAAAACUGGCAGCUCCAACGCCUACCUGCACAGCAAGCGCAACGGACUCCUCAAUGAAGCGCUGGAGCUGAUGGGCACCCCAGAAGAGGAGCACAUGGGCAAGGCAACCUCACUCAUCGAGAGCCAGCAUCAUCACCUGCUGCACUGCCUGGAAAAAACCACUAACCACGAGUUCAUAGAUGAGCAGAUGUUUGAGCAGAACUGCAUGGAGAGUUCAAUGCAGAACUACCCGUCCACGCGGAGCCCUUCCUUGUCCAGCCAUCCGGGCCUCACGACCACCUGCUGCUCCCGCCGUAGUAAGAAAACCACACACCUGCCCAAUUCCAACUUGCCGGCCACCCGCCUGCGCAGCAUGCAAGAGCUCAGCACGAUCCACAUCCAGGGCAGCGAGCAGCCCUCCCUCACCACCAGUCGUUCCAGCCUUAAUUUGAAAGCAGAUGACGGACUGAGACCAAACUGCAAAACAUCCCAGAUCACCACAGCCAUCAUCAGCAUCCCCACCCCCCCAGCACUGACCCCGGAAGGCGAAAGUCGGCCAGCCCCUGCCAGCCCGGGCCCCAACACGAACAUUCCUUCCAUAGCCAGCAAUGUUGUCAAGGUCUCUGCCUUGUAA